AAUAUAAAAUAUAAAAAAAAAUUUCUUCCCUUAAAAUAUUUAUACGGUUUCCUCUCGCCCCCGCCCCUUCCCACUCUUCUCUCUCUCUCAUCAUCUCCUCUUUUUAGCCGGCGCCAACUUUUACCCUAGUUUUCUCUCUCCUCCCACCAAUCAUUCUUACUCAAUUUUACUGAUCUGGAGGCUUUGAAUUGAUUUGUUGCAGCUGAUUUAAUUUGGCUUGAUAUAUAAUUUGUCGACUAAUUCAAGGAUGAUUUACUUUUCUAUCAGUUCUGCAAACUGUAUACCUGUGGGUUGGCCUGUAUUCUGAUCCUUCCGUCAAGCUGCCAGGAGUUUAGUUUUAUAAUUUUUUAUAGAAGCAAUGGACCGGUGUGAUACCUCAGGGUUUGUUAGUGGGGGUUGUAUGGGUUUUUAAAUACUUUUAACACUAGUUUAGGUUUGUAGAUAAUAGGUUAACCCGGAAGUCAGGAAGGACUGAUAUCUGUGGCUGAGAUUUCUGUUGGGCAUUAGUAUAGCAAAUUUUGUUGGUUCAUGGACACUAGGAAUCCAGGAGCAGGCUUUUAUUCUCAUAAUGUAUCAAAUGUAUAUAAGAAUCUGGGUGAUUCAUCACAUAUAGAAGGUUCUGGAUCUGAUCAUUGUGCAGAUACGGUGUUAAGGCUUCAACCAGUCAGAUCCAAUGUUCCUCAUUUCCCUUCGUCAAAGGGAAUGAAGAGAAAGUGGGGUUGUAGGGAUGGAAACAUGGGCCAGUUUGUCAAUCCUGCAUUGUGUCUGGGGUUGCACCGCUCAUCAAGUUCAUCAGACAGCAAAGGAAGUUCGGGAACUGCAUGCACUGCAAUUUCUUCAGCCAAAGAAUUUGAGGUUGAGUCCUCAAUGGAUCUUGAUUUGGACUUCACUCUACACCUUGGCAGUGACAAAUCUCCUAGUCCAAAGAUGCCAGCUGUCUCAAAUUUCAAGAGGGCGAGUAUGCAGCUUAACCUCGACUUGGAAUUGAGUCUCUCCACUAGCCCUCUUGAAUCAGACAUCACUAGCAUCUUUGGUGGCGUAGAUGCCCCUCAGCAUGGUUCAGUGCCAUUCACGGUUGGGGCAACACAAUUUGUGGAUAAUGAAUCUGCUUCUUCUCACUGGGAAUUAGAAAAUUCCUCUUCACCAGUGCCUUACUCUCCUGGUGUGGGAGGAAUUUCUAUUUUGAAGCCCAUUCCAAGAAAUGUGGACCUGGUUUCUAUAGCUCCAGAUGUCUCAGCAAGCACUAUAAGUGUGCCUAAAAGUUCAGUCACCUGUACUUCCGGGAUUGUGCAGCAGCCACAGCAGGCGCAACGUGGGAGUAGUUCAAAGCUUUGUCAGUUUAUUGGAUGUGGAAAGGGGGCAAGAGGUGCUUCUGGUCUCUGUAUUGCUCAUGGAGGUGGGAGAAGGUGCCAAAGGCCUGGCUGCAACAAGGGAGCUGAAGGGAGAACGGCCCUUUGCAAAGCUCAUGGGGGUGGACGAAGAUGUGAGUUUCUUGGUUGCACAAAGAGUGCUGAAGGACGCACUGAUUUCUGCAUUGCGCAUGGCGGUGGGCGUCGAUGUGGCCAAGAAGGUUGCUCUCGUGCUGCUCGAGGAAAGUCUGGUUUGUGUAUAAGGCAUGGUGGUGGUAAGAGAUGUCAAAGAGAGAACUGCACAAGGAGUGCCGAAGGCUUGUCGGGACUUUGUAUCUCACAUGGCGGCGGUCGUCGAUGCCAGUAUCUUGAAUGCAACAAGGGAGCUCAAGGAAGUACGAUGUUCUGCAAAGCACAUGGUGGGGGUAAACGAUGUACUAUUGAAGGGUGUACAAAAGGUGCCGAAGGAAGCACACCUUUUUGCAAGGGCCAUGGUGGAGGAAAGAGGUGUUCUUUCUCCGGAUGUCCAAAGAGUGUCCAUGGAGGAACUUCAUUCUGUGUAGCUCAUGGAGGUGGCAAGAGGUGUGCUGUUUCUGGUUGUACCAAAAGUGCAAGAGGUAGGACAGAUUUUUGUGUUCGUCAUGGUGGGGGGAAAAGGUGUAGAUUUGAAGGCUGUGGCAAAAGUGCACAAGGUAGCACUGAUUUCUGCAAGGCACACGGAGGAGGGAAAAGAUGUGCUUGGGGACAAAUUGGAUCUCACUUUGGCAACCAAGCUGAUGGCCCUUGUGGUUCUUUUGCCAGGGGGAAAACGGGUCUAUGUGCAAUGCAUGGGGCAUUGGUUCAGGACAAGCGGGUGCACGGAGGCAUCACUUUGGGUCCUUUAUUGCAGGACCCAGACUCUGCUGGCCUUGAGAACAUGAUAGAUGAAUCUACAAGAAUAAUGAAUGGUGACACCAUGGUAAUGGAACCAACUGGUCGUAAUGCAGUAGGAUGGCCUGCCUGUGACUUGAUGCAUGCACAGUUCCAGUGUGUAGAUAAAGAGUCUCGCUCACCUCCAACUCCAGAAGGAAGGGUCCAUGGUGGAAGUUUGUUGUCAUUACUCGCUAGUAGUUCGAAGCAAUGAAGCAAAACAGUGGCAGUGUUCAAGCAAUUAGAGCCUCAUGUGGAGCAAAUCUGGUUGUCAUCACACCGUUCAUCUUCUGGUCUGUUCUGUUUUUAUUUUUUUGGCUGUCUUCCGUCUGCUUAUAGAGUCUGCAUUUCAGAAUCCGUGUUUUUAUGUAGUUAUUUUUUAUGAUGAUGAUGAAAAGCUCUCCUGUACUCCUGAUUGCAACGGCUCAAUGGGUUCGAAAAAUUUCAUGAGUUGCAAUUUUUAGAAUCAGGAGAAUGAUUUAGAGUAUUUCGGUACUUUCAAUCAUCCGUGUCUCUGUAAAUAGGAUUGUCAAUUUGGUCUGCAAGUUUCAGAAUAAAUAUGGUCUAAAUUUAUGUACUUUUUCCGAGUGUUGAAUGAAAAUUGCCUACAUUUUAUCUAUUA